UAAACUUGACUGUGAAGCGUAAUUCGGUGGAGGCCUCAUGGUACCAAUAGGCUGGCCUGGUUAUGCUCCCUGGAGUCGGCAAAUUCCUACUCCGGACUUCCGAAUUCCUCCAGCACCUAUCACUCGUGCCAAGCUGGCGAAGAAUGUUGCAAAGACCGUACAACGAUUCAUCAAUGACAUGGCUGACAGGCCUAUGGAGGACGGGGCCGAUGUCCGUUGGCGUGUUGAUCCUGGACACAUCACUAUCGAUAGGCUGGAUCUUGUUGGACUCCAGCACGUUUCUGCCGGGAGCUGGCAGGCUCAUGUCCAUCUACGGAUGUAGAGCAUGCCAUUGUCGUCCACGACCAGUCAUCUGUAAUAGCACCGUCCGAGCUUUCGCAUAUCAGGAAUCUAUAAGCCUGCCUUUACUGGUCCCACCGUCCGACAUUCUGUAUUUGCUUCAUCUUGAUACUCC